GAUGACGAUUACGAGGAUGAGAUGGAGGAGGAAAACUUAGGAUGUACCGUGUAUUAUUUGUGCCCAAAUAAAUGUGGCGAUGAUGUGACAUGUGAUGGAACAACUAUUUGUUCUCGGUGCAACAUAGCUAUGAGCCUACCAAAAUAUGUGGCACUUAACACUAAGGAUGGGUUGGUGAAAGAUAAUGUAACUUUUUUGGUGAUGGAUGAUUUAGUUAUUCAACCCUUGAGUUCAGCUAUAUCAAUGGUUACCUUACUUAACAACAAGUUCAAUAUCAAAGAGUUUGGUGCCUUGCAAGAAAUGGUGGUUGAAUUAGGACUAAAUGAGGGUAUCAAGUUGUUGAAGGCUUCUCUGAGAUCAAAGAUGGUUUUAACUAGUGUUUUUAUCAAGAAGGAAAAUUGAGUGAUAUGUGACCCUGAGAAUUUGAAGGAUCUUUUUAUGUUUUUAGCUUCAAAAUGUUAAGAUGACUGCCAUUUUUAUUUUUGGCUCCCUAGUUUGUUUGUGAUGAUUU